AUGACAUCGGACGUCCAUUUCAAGGGUCGCGACCUCCUUGGGCUGGCCUUGUACCUGGGCGGCUCCUGCUAUUCGCUUGCCUACGAGGUGGGCCGUUUCCAAUGGAAGGCCAAGCCUGAAAACAAAGGGAAACUACACACCGUGGGCCUGGCCGCUUGGUGUAUUCAUCCCAACUAUUUCGGUGACCUCUUUACCUACACGGGCUGGGGCUUAGCUUGUGGAACCACUUGUGCUCUGAGCAUUCCUAUCAUGAUGAUCUGGACUUUUGUCAUGUUUGUGGUUCCCAACUCCGACGAUUAUUUGGCCAAGCGCUAUCCAGAGCAGUUCCCGAGCUAUGCGGCCAAAACGGCCACGCUGAUUCCUGGACUUCACUCUAAGGUCAUGAGUCAGAUUCUGGCAUGGGUAGGGACCAUCCUUGGUGCUGGUCGACGUGUGGCACAAGUUCAGUGCUGUGUCUAG